UAUUGAAGGACUACUAGGCAAUUUUUGUAAGUAUUGGCAGUAGAUCGAAACUUAAGAUGAAGUGAGGGACUGUAAAUGAAAUAAUGUACAAGUAUUAAUCAAACAGUGAUUGGUCAGAUUCAACGGUGAUGAGUGGUGAGAGUGCAUAAUUUGAUUGUCCGCCCUCAUGUACACUAAAACUUGUUCCCGUUCAUUAUCAGUGGUGGUUCUGAAAGGCCUGUUUGGUGGGAACGGACUUACCAAUGUUGUAAGAAAGACAACAUCAUCAUCAUCAUCAUCGUCGUUGUCGUCGUACGAAAUAGUUGCCCCACCCUCUAAAAAUACUGCUGCUCAGCAACAGCGCAACUGCUCAUCUUCCCCAGGUCUAUUAAAAAAAGUAAAAGAAAUGACAGGUGACAGUAGCAAGCCCAUUAUUACUCGUGUUCUUUUUUGUGGUCCACAUUUCCCUGCUUCUCAUAACUAUACAAUAGAGUAUUUGCAAAGCCAUCCAUUCAUUCAGGUUGAUGUUGUCCCCUUAGAUGAUGUCCGAGAAGUUAUCGGGAACUAUGAUAUUUGUGUUGUCAAAAGUCUGAGGUUAAAUGCAGAUAUCAUCUCUAGAGCUAAUAAAAUGAAGCUUAUUAUGCAAUUUGGAGUUGGCCUCGAAGGUGUUGACAUAAAUGCUGCUACAAAACAUGGAAUUAAGGUUGCCAAGAUCCCAAGUGAUGGCACUGGAAAUGCAACUUCAUGUGCUGAAAUGUCCAUUUAUCUUAUGUUGGGACUCCUCCGUAAGCAAUAUGAAAUGCAAGUUGCUGUGAGGCAGAAACUACUUGGGGAUCCAAUUGGUGACACGUUGCUGGGAAAAACGGUAUUCAUCAUGGGAUUUGGGAAUAUCGGAAUCCACUUAGCAAAGCGCUUGCGGCCCUUUGGUGUGAAAAUUCUUGCUACUAAAAGGAAUUGGCCUUCAGAUUCUCAGAGCUCAUACAAGUCUGACGUGUCAAACAGUCCCCAUGAUGAUGAUCUUGUGGAUGAGAAGGGUGGUCAUCAAGAUAUUCUAAAAUUUGCAAGCCGUGCUGACAUUGUUGUUUGUUGUUUGUCAAUGAACAGUGAAACGGCUGGCAUUAUAAACAAGGAUUUUAUAUCGUCCAUGAGAAAGGGUGGCUUACUUAUAAAUAUAGCACGAGGCGGGCUGUUGGAUUACAAUGCGGUACUCGAUAAUCUGAAAUCAAGUCACUUGGGAGGGCUAGGAAUUGAUGUUGCAUGGACUGAACCAUUUGAUCCCGAUGACCCAAUUUUGAAGUUCCCAAAUGUUAUAAUCACACCUCAUGUUGCUGGAGUUACUGAAAAUUCCUAUAGAUUCAUGGCCAAGGUUGUAGGAGAUGUUGCCAUUCAACUCCAUACAGGCGCAUGUUUAACUGGAGUAGAAAUUGUCAAUUGAUCAGCUAUAUACUACGGAGGACCCGCAUUUUUCAAAUAGCAUAUCAUCAAAUAUGACAAGUAUUAACUGGAACUCUGGCCGGCCACUGUGAAAAAGGUAGAUGCAUUUAUUUAUGUCACAAGUCAAUUGUGAGGUUAUUGAAAAAACAGAAACUAGUACUAGAACUUGUAUUACAGAACUUGUUCACAUCAUAAUAAUAAUAAUACGGCACCAUGAAUUGGGAACAAUAAA